CGCAGAAUAUUACCGCUAAUUUACGGUUAAGUUUUCAGAGAAAUGUAAACAAUAAUCGAAGUGUUUGUUAUAAAACUUUGUUAUCAUUGAAACAUUACACACGGUAAAUAUAACGUGACGAUUAUAAAAAUAAUCUUUCCUGACACGUCAUAAUUCUUGAAUUGUGCUAGAAAGUUUUUCUACAAUCAAGAGAACUAGAUUUUGCCUCACAAUUGAAUUCGUUUACAAUAGCGUCCUAACCUCUAUCUUGCAUCGUACUCUUGAAGGAGAUUGUGCUGCCGUAAUUGAAGAAGGAUGGCUAAUUUUCCGAAUGUUUAUAGACAACUUUCUUUAAGGGAUCAGUUUAUUGUUAAAAUGUGACACUGUGUUAAACUCAGAAUAAAAGAUGACAAGGCACGUAUAGUUUGUGAUUAUGGAGUAUGACUCUGCAUCGAACUGUGAAGGUCAUCUGCAAGAUUUCGAAGCUUCAGAAGAUCUCCCGCGUUUAAGAGAAAUACAAAAACUUGAAUGUUCAACCUGUACUACAAGUUCUACACCAUGGCAUUCUCUGCAGGUUGUGGCACCGCAGCCAAAGAUCAAACUGGGUCCAACAAGCAAAAGUCUUUCAUCUCAGGUAAUGGAAUAUUACCACAAGUAUUCUCAAAAUACAAAUUUGGAUCAAUAUUUUUCGUUGCCUACGUCUAGUACAUCACCAGAAGCAAAUAAAUGUUACUAUAGUAUAUACGAAGUAAAUCCUAAAGUAGAGGCUAACAGACAAGAUUGUAUAGGAGAGGAGUAUAAUUUAAAGACUUGUGUGCCCAGAGAGAGAAGAAGAUGGGUGAGACCACCCCUUAUUGGCCAAUCCUCGAACGCAGAGUCAUCAUCUAGAUAUGCUCAACCAUUGUCAAAUCCAGAAUCUCCAUCGUCUGAUUUAAAACAUGUUACAUCAGAGGCAAUUCUAGAAGAAAAAAAUGAAAAUCAGGAGAUUUUAACAGAAAGCAUAGAAAGGAAAAUAUCUUCUCCAACUUCUAGUAUUGCUUCCCAUAAGCCACUCGAAUGGGAUAGUGGAGCAGAUGUUGGUUAUUUUAAUCUAGUACCCAGUAAACAAAAUGAUAAGAAAUUAAGUACAAUAGAACGCAUGGCUUUAGCUAGAGGUUGUUCUGCCGCUUUAAGAUUGGAUCCAGAAGGUACUACGGAGUCGGGAAUUUCUGGGAAGCUCGUGGGAGUUCAAAAAAAUUCAACCACUUCUAUGGUUCCCAAUGCUAAUUCCACACCAUUAAAUCUGGGAGAUGCUUCAGGAUCAGAAAGUGAGAUUGAAAUUACUCCGAUUGUUAAGAAUCAUUUGCCAGGUAUAAUAACGGGAAACGAUAUAAAGUCCAAUGAAAAAUCUCUUCCUAAGGAUCUCAAGCAGCAAGAUGCUUUUGUGCAUUAUUCAAAAAAGGAGCACAACUAUGAUACUCCAAAAUCAACGUUUGUAUCCAAGGUCCCUCUUGUAAAACCCACAGGUGAGAUAAGAAAGCUAACAAGCAAACAAAAUACGAACAAAGAAAAUAUAUGCCCUCUCACGUCGCCUUUAAAAAAGAGCACAUCCAUGAAUACGUUAAUUAUACCAGCCUCUAAAUUACCGUUGAAACGAAGUCAAAGCGAGUUGAAUUUGUACGCUAGGGAUAAGAGCAGAGCCGCGUUGCCACUAAUUUUUAACUCUUCAUCCUCUAUCGCGACUAUUGUAAAUAAACCUUCCACUUGUGAUAAACUUAUACAGACGAGUCUAUGCACUUAUACUCAAGAAUCCGUUGGCGUGCAAGUCUCGGUUCUCGAUGAAGAGAAGCCGCCGUUACCAAAGAGAGGAACUAGUUUGCAGAAGGAUUCGACAUUAAUGUUAAAGAAUCCAAAGGGAACGUACAAAGUUCAGAAUUGGAGGAAGCAUGAAGCCAAUGAAACACAAGAUGUUGGAGUAAACGAGCGUAGUAAGAAAGUAAAGCCGCGAUACAGUAAUUCGGAACCAUCUCAGAAUGGUUCUGCGAGGCAUACGCCUCAGCCUGACGGUGUAGGGAAUAUAACUGGCAGAGCAAAUAGUUUCGAGUAUUUCCCUGGUCACGUAUACGAGAACGUUCCUAAUGGAAGCGGUAGCCAUAUCUCAUCUUCGGAGACCGGAAGGUCUCAUUCUACUCUACCUAAUACCAGCUCCAGUAUUAACGAGAAGCUAUGGGGAGAGUCGAAUAGCUUGGUGAAGGAUCUAGAACGGAGCGUAAAUAUAUUAAAAAGUCUCGUCGAUGCGAAUAAAUGCGACAAGGAAGUUAAGAAAAGACUGAUACAUCAUGUAGUCAAGAGAUUGAUCACUGCCAAAUAUACAGACGACAAAAUCGAACAUAAUCUAGAAGACAAUGUUCCAUGGAAUCCUGACGAUGCUAGGAGCAGAGUGUACGGUAGGGAAAUACUCCAGGCUUUAACGAAAAAGCAUAAUACCAGCGAUUCUUCAGGUAACUGGAAUUUGCAGAAGGAAAUAACGCAAAGAAAACCCAUGAGGAAUGGAAGAGGCAUUACGAAAGAUAUUACGUUAGAAAGUAGCAGUGAUAAAAUAGAUAAGAAUACGGACAGAACAGAAACUGACGGACGAAAAGCGAGGAUGGGUCUUAGAUCUGACGAUUGUCAUCGGAGCAACGAUACUAUUACCGAUCCAGACAAGAGCGAAAGCUCUGAAUGCUUUUUACCUCAAAGAAAUCGCAAAGGCAACAAAAUGCAAGAUAUAUUUUGUACAAAAGAAAGAUGUAAAAUUUCUCAGAGAGAUUCGACGAUGACGACAACGGCGACGACGACGACGACGACGACGACGGCUACUCCUCCUGAUCAUAACCGAAUGUUGUUGGACGCGGUUGUGAACAACAGAAGACCCAUCGUUCGUUCAAGCAAUGCAGGAGAACGUGACGAUUGGAGAUUGCUCACUACAUUUUCAGAAAGACAAUUCGAACUUAAAAAGUGCGGCAGUUCUGACUCCGGAGACUCGAAAUUGGUUAGCUAUGCCGAGAUGGAGAAAAGAAAUCAAUUGAUUUGGAUCACGAAUGAAAUCAGUCAUUUAUGUAAUUUGAAGAAAUUGUUAGAAGAGUCGCGAAGGCCAGAAAGAUCACGAACGUCUCCAAAGAAAUCGAGGUCAGGAAACUGCAAAAGGAAACCGAUGGAGUCGCUGACGCAUGUACAUGAUUUACCUAAUGGUAAGGAUUAUUUGCAAAGGAACGGAUCAGAUACACAAGCCGAUUCAGUGGAAGAGCCAUGGUCAUCUCAUUGCAAUUUAGCAACGUGUCAACUUUCCAGUAGAUCAAAUAGUAUUAUCCAACGUAUUAAAAAGCGAAACAGUUGCGCACAAACUGCGACUAACAUUACCAGUGCCCUCUCGAAGACUGGCGGUGAGAUCGUGUCUGCCUCUAAUCUACACAAUUCCAGAAUUAAGUUAGUCAGUACUGGGAUGCAAACUGUCUCUCAAGAAAUAUCUACAGCUUCUGCUAUGGUGCAGUCAGAAAUCGUGCAUUAUGUCCAGUGUUCGGCGCAUAGUGCGCUGCACUUCCAAAACAAUCACAAAUGCAACGAACAAGCGAAUCAAUGCUUAAAGUAUCACGCCAUUCAAAAUGUAGUUACCACUUGCAUGCAAUGUUUACAGGAGCAGAAGGAUCGAUCGAGCAGCGUCCAGAAAGUGCAUACGAAUAUAGAAAACUUUCGAGAGGAGAGUCCAGUUGGCUCACAGGGAUUGUCUGAUCAGAUGAAUAGUAACUCCUCGUCUGAGGUAAUGCAUCAUUGUGCGAACAAGGAAGUCCAGACGAGUUCACUUAAGCAAAAAGAAACGAAGAAUCAAAUAAACGCCUCGAGGUCAAAGUCGUGUGACUGCAAAUGUGACACUAAAAAGGUAGUGUCCAAAGGAUGUCAGUCGUGUGCAUCGCCAAUAAUUGCAUUGGAAAGUAACAAUGCUCCUAAGUGCGACGAAUGUCAGAAGAAGAUAUUCCAUGCACGUGACAGAGAUGAGGGGAAUUCGAAAGAAUGUAGUUGCACAACGGUGUGCGAAUGCGAUAACGACCACUCGAAAAAAGGUCGGGCACCAAUGAGAUAUAGUUCAAAGUAUUAUCAGAAUAAUAAUGGAUACGUAUCGAGUUUGAAUCAAAAUAGCCGCAUCAAGCUGUGCGGAUGUUCGAGCGAUUGUGUCUGCGAGAACAGUCGCGAACCGGAAAUGCAGAACGCGAAAGGAUUCUGCAGUUGCCAUUCAAAUGGGAGAACUCAAUACAAUGGGUCUCGCUAUUCUCGCGCGGAAGUGGAAGACUGUUCGACUCAACCGUGGCCUUAUUGCGUUACUAAUGGACAAGUUAACGAAACUGCACAGUACAAAGUACAAAGUAAUGUAAAAUGCAACUGCGAGAAAGAUUGUUUUUGUAAUAAUCGAGCGAAAAAUAGCGAAGAAUUGUUGCGUGGCAGAGCCUGCAACAACGGAAAACCAAAUUACGUGGACGAGGCGAAUCAAACUAGUGAUUCCGAUAUAAAUUGUAAAUAUUGUCGUUGCUGUGGCACGGCAUAUCAAAGCGUCAAAAACUGUAGUUGUUAUCAAACGUAUCCAAAAGCCAUUGCGUACGAAUUGUCGUUCGCAAAGGAAAAUGGCCAGAAAAAUGAUAAUCUGGGUGCGUUUUUAAAAGUGCCAUUAUCGAAUUAUACUGUUAACGAAGUGAAAACGGAUGGCUGUGUUUGCAACAUGAUUAAAAAAGUUAGCUCGAAGAAAAAUUCUCCGCAAAAAUGUACUUUACAGGAUUAUUUGUGUAAGAAUAAAGCGGAUUUUGUAAAUAAUGCAGAAACGCGUCGGCAAUACAUGUCGGAAAUAUCUCAUCUGCGACAAUUAAGAAAGGAAAAACGAAUACAGUUGUUGGCAAUGGCGACUACGUCGAAUGUUUUAAAAUCACCGAGAGCUUCUUCUAAACCAACAGUUUACGCACAGAAAAAGAUGAGCAACGAGGAAAUGAGGGAGAGGUUGCGCAAACGGUAUCUUCGUUUGAACGAGGUGCGACAGAAGCGACGGCAACAGGAGAAGCAAGAAGAAGCGCGACGUAAUAAACUUAUGGCCAAAAUCUUUUGUAAGAAAUUACAGCAAAAAGUACUGAGGGGCCAAGUAGAUCUGUCUCAAAGCGUUAGCGUUAUAUCCAACAUGUAAUGUUAAAGAAAUGUUUGCGCGUGCGUAGUUUAAAUGUCAAUUGCAGUCUGAUGAUCGAACAGACGAUAGAAGAACGUACAAACUAUCUCGCAUUUCAGGCUGAGAGGAUCAUUAAAGAUAUUUGUUUCUAGAAUUCUCUCCAUGAAUCUUACUUUUAUUUACAAUAAUGCAUAAUAUAUACUAGUAUUGUGUUAAUGUUUACUUUAUAGGAUACACAUGAACGUCUAAGUUUAUGACAUAAAGUUUAUUUAGGCAUUUGUGUGUAACGAGGAUUAGAGCGAUAACAUAGUGACUUAGAUGAUCCAGAAGUUUUUGAUAUAGAUCUAAGAAUUAAGAUAUCAUAAUGCGUUGUUCUGCAAAUUUGUGCCUACAAUUUAUAUUUAACAUUGAAUUUAAGAAACUUUGUCUUGCCAAUAUAUUUUCAUAUCAAAAAUACUUAGUACUGCUCGUUUUAAUGCAGUCGUUCCAUUAAAAUUCAAUAUGUUACCCAAUAUUUUGAGCUCAACGUUAUCUAAAUCUAUCGAUACAUUGAUACAGUGAUCGCAAACAAGAGGUACUUUGUCAUUCUUGAUUGCUCUUGCUAAAUUUAUUAUUGUUACCUUGUCAAGGUAGUUGGAAUAUUCUUGAAUUAAAAUCGCUACCUAUUUUUUCAAAAUUAUAAUGGAAAUUUCCAGAUUUACUGCGCUUUAAGCGAGCGUCACUAUAUAUAUAUAUAUAUAGAUAGGAAACGUUGCACGUAUGUUAAAUCUCGUAUGUUAAAUAUGAUAAUAUAAUAACGAUAAUUGUCAUUUUCGUGGAACAAUAGUAAAUUCACAGCGUUAGAAUCUCACAUUUUACUGGUAAGAUGUUUCGAAAACGAAAACUUCCUGCGUCGAGGAAGCGCACGAUUGAGAAUGGAUCGCCUGAUCGUGGCAAACUGAAAUGCUUUAAGAUGAUGAAAGUAGUUAUUAGUACCUGAAUUACAGUACACAACUUUUUACCGCUCGUAAGACUUAGAUAAUAUAGUCUCUUAAAUUUUUAUCUUCAAUAUUUUACCUUUUUGUAUGAUGAUUAUACUCAUUUGGUUAAUAAAAAUAAAGAAUCCAUAUAGGGACAGUUCUCCCGUUA